AUGGUCGAACAUCAUACGUGGCAGCUGAAGGCAUCCAGAUUAUGCCAUGAUGAACAUCCCUGCACGUACUCCAUCUGGAAGAACUAUGUUGAAGUCUAUGCCCGGGACAGGCUUACAAAGUCUCAGAUUAUACCCAUUUAUAAUUUUGCCAAAUACUUCCAGAUUAGUUUCCAAUAUCACUACACCAAUUCUCCUGCCCUCUGGACCUUGCAGGGAGUUAGAGCAAAAGAUGUGAAGGACCUCAUACCCCUGAUAAUACUAAUGGUGAUACUUUUCCUGCUGCUUCUAUUCUGGGAAAAUGAGCUGGAUGAGGAAGUAAUGGCAGCAACCUUAGAGCAGUUGCACGUGGACUACCCUCAGAGUGACGUUCCUGUAAGGUACUGCAACCACAUGAUCAUACAAAGACUCAUCAAGGAAGCCAACAACACCUGCAAAAAGGAGCACGUCUUCGUCCAUGAGAGGCCUCGAAAUAUCAACAGUGUUUGCAAUUCUCUCAGGAAGGUGGCUUGCCAAAACCAUUCCACCCUUCUCUGCUUCCAGAGUGAGACCAAGUUCAAAAUGACAGUCUGCAAGCUCAUUGAAGGCACCAGAUAUCCUGCCUGCAGCUACCACAUUUCCCCCACAGAGGGGUUUAUUGUCGUCACUUGUGAUGACAUGGGGGCAGUUAAUAUCCAGAGAUAUGAUGAAUAA